CUUUAAACACCAAAGAAGAACAAAAGCAGCAGCAGUAGAAGAAAAAGUAGUGGAGCGCGGAAAUAACAUACACACCGCCACAGUUUGGGCGACAAAUGAACACAGUUUUGCGUGUGAUUUACUUACCUUUGCGUGUUUAUGAGGCUGUGGGAGUGUUUAUGUCAGUAACAUGGAUAUAUUUAGAGAAGAGACGGAGUUUACGGAUAUCCGGAUGGUUCAUAGGGUGGUGAAUCUGUUUGAGAGCUGUCCUGGAAGCCAGAGGAGAUUUAGACUUGGCGUUGUUGCUAAUAUGAGCAGCAAUGAAGAGCGGGAUGAUACAGAGGAGAGUUAUGGUGAUUGGGGUGUUGGGCGAAGUAGUUUCACUUCGUACCCGAACCUGUCAGAUUGGAGCAGUGAGGGUGUGUUAAGGGGGGGCUCUGUUUAUCAGCUCCCCAGCCAUUAUUACCCAUCAUCCUCUGGAAAGGUUCAGCCUAAAGAAAGUGACGCUGAAAGAAGAGCCAGAUUAUUAGAAGAAGUUAUAAAAAGUAAAGAGAAGGCUGAGAAGAAGCGAAUUAAGAAACAGAAACGUAAAGAAAGAAAACGGCUUGAGAAGCUGGAGAAGGAGAAAUUAAACCCUGAAACAAACAAAGAGGCAGGAGAAGCUGCACAGCAGAGUGAAUCAGAGGGAAGCAGAGCAAGUAGUGAUGAAUCCAAAAACAAACUGCCGGCUGCAGCAAAAGACAGUAGCAGCAGCAGUGAGGAAGAGUCCAGCGAUGAAGACAGCGACACCAAGAAGGACUCCACAGACUCUGAGGAGUUGGACAUGAGCAGCUCGUUUGUGAGUAAGGCUGCUGUGAUCGCCAGGCGAAAGCUGGAGCAGAAUCCCCGACCCGAGAGGAGAAGGAGGCCCCCCCCAACCACAAAUGAAGCCAAGAGCCCCCCUGAAAAACCAGAAGGGGCCCCAGAGGAAGAGAAACAGGACUGUGCCCCCCCCACUUUAGAAAAUAAUGUUAAAAUCAGUACUGAUCUCGCAGUUACUGGCAAUAAGUUUGCGAGUGCUGGAGACUUUAAUAUGGCUGUGAAGUAUUUCACCGACGCAAUUAAAUACAACCCUACAGAGUUUAAGUUGUUUGGGAACCGCUCGUUCUGCUUCGAGAAGUCUCAGCAGUUUGAGAAGGCGCUGGCAGACGCAGAGCUGUGCCUCAGCAUGAACCCCGGCUGGGACAAAGCUCACUUCAGGAGGGGGAGAGCGCUCGCUGGACUCAAGAGGUAUGAGGAGGCGGCCGGAGCCUUCAGGGAGGUGCUGUCUCUGGAUGGGUCAUGUGCAGAAGCAGCUCAGGAGCUAAUGAGGGUGCAUAUCACUCAGCUGAUGGAGUAUGGCUUUACUCGGGAGCAGAGCUCAAACGCUUUAAUAAUCCACGGCACGGUGGAGAAGGCUCUGGAGGUGUUGUCAGCUUUAUACCAUCAUCCAGGAAAUAUUCAAAGUGUCCCCUUCAAACCGGCUCAACUAGUGAACAUCAGCGGAGUGUCACCAGUCCUCUCUGCCAACAUAAGCCCUGCCCCUCUUCCUCAUCUCCAUCCUGUUCCUCUUCAUCCUCCUCAUGCUCACAAUGCUCUACAAUCAUUAAAGAACAGACCUUUAGUCCAGAAUAUGUCCAACAUCCAGAGUCAACAGAAGAUUGUUCCGAUGAAGAGCGGUGCCGAACAGGAGCUGUUUCCAGUGUGGGUGGGGAACCUGGUGUACCCAUUGUCUGAGGAGAUCAUCAGCAACAUGUUUAACAAGGUGGGGCAAGUCCACAGUGUGAAGCUCCUCAUUUACAAACGGUGCGCCUUCGUUAACUAUACUAAACGAGAACACUGUGAUGAAGCAAUCCGACGUCUGCAUGGCUCUGAGCUGAACGGCAUGAAGAUCGCUGUGCGCUAUCCGGACCGGAUCCCCCCAGGAAUAGGGAUCUCCAGAUCUGCGCUGAAGUCUGAAAACCUGCAGGACGAGAACAUGAGGCUCAGUGCGGCGGGCACCCAGAGAUCUUUCAGGCCCUCCAGACCGGCCCCCGACUUCAAAGGCAGCCACAAGUUCUGACACAGGAAAUGCAACCCACUGCCCUUCACAAUAAAACAGAACAAUCUCUGGUAUCUACAAGGUUUUCAAGCUUUGCCUCUUUUGAAGUGUUUUUAGAUGAGUUUUUAAAAAGGAAAGUCUCUGGAAAAUACUUCUACUGAUGGUGAGAUCAUUUUAUAAUUCUGUAAAAAGGAGAAUGAGGUAUUAGUGAGAUGAUGGUAUCGAGAACGCUUCUUUAUGCAAAGAUUUACAGAUUUAUUGGAGGUUUAUAUUAAAUAUUAUAAUGUUAGUGUAUGGAGUUUAUCCAGCAGGAGAAUCAACCAAAUAAAUAUUAUGUUCAACAAUGUUUUAUUCUUAAAUGAUAUUAGCAUUAGGCCCCACAAUCAGUGUUACACCAGCUCUCAGAGAUGUUUCUUAUUCUUAUAAUUAUUAUUAAUUUGACAGUAGUUGACCAUAAAUAAUCAUUAAUCAUUGACUUUACUCAGGUACUGUUUGUUUGACAUUCAGAGCCUGGCUAUUUUCACCAUUAUGUUUUAUUUACUGUAUUUUUUACCCUGCUAAACAAACAUGUAAUACAGUAUAUUGCCUUAUGGGUAUUUCUAUUCACAGGAUCACUCUGUUAUGAUCAUGUUACUUUCGUUUACUCAGACUCUGUCAUUAUAAGUUUGUUCUUAAUGCAAGAAUUAAACAUUUUCUCAUA